CCAUCAAUCCAAGAAUGCCUUGCACACCAAGUCUUAUCUGACAUUCCAAAUAUCUGACGAUGCCUUCCGAAGAGGGUGACUCCUCUUCCCAGGUCAGUGUUCCUAGCAAGAAUAGUGCCAUCGAGCAGUUCGAACUGCUGAAGUCCAAAUUUCUAGCGAUACUUGAAGAUCGCUUCUUCGGAAACCUGAAGCACGAUUGGCGCAGCGGAAGACAGGAACAACAGACCAAGUCUCUGCCAUCGUUCGAAAGCCUAAGCGAUGAAAGUGGCAGCUAUUUGGUUCUGGAUGGGAAGAAAAUCUCGUUCGACUGGUUCCGGCAGGCUUUGGCGACGAGCAAGUCGGAACCGGAAGCUGCGGAACUACUGCCAAGCGUUGUGUCAUCGUCAUUGACCGAAGUCGACAUAGAAAGUCCGUAUUUUGCUGGUACUCCUGAACAAAUGGCGCCGCUUUUGCAAGCUGCCGAUCGUUUCCAUACUCACAGAUCGAGAACUAGGGAUGGCAUGAGGGACAGAUUGCUGGUGGAAGAUAAGGCUUUCGAGAAGGAAACAAUGGGCUGGAAGUUCCAGCGCCAUUCCAAGCUAGCAACUCAGCUUGAUCCACACUAUCGGAGUGAGAUCUCGUAUCGACCCAGAAUUCGGAACUUCACCAGGGUAGAUGCCAUCCACAAACUACGAGAUGCUUCGCGUAACCAGUUUGAAACGUACUACCGGCAGGAAUACCUGUUCGAGAAAACCGAAGUUCAGAAGGCGGAGAAACAGUAUCAUCAGCAGUUACAUGAACGGUGCUCGGAAAUGAUUCAAGCGCUGCGGGCAAUCCGACAACAGAGGUUCAGCCAAUCGAUGCGCGUGAUGGACAAAGUGAAGCCCUGCUACGAGGAAACGGCGCGUGUGGAGAAGGAGCUCCGGGACCGGCAACGCCAGAUGGUUGGACUUUGGAACAAAGUUAUCAAGCUGGAGAGCAUAUGGGUACGGCGACUCAAGUUUCAGAACUUUUUGUAUUUGAUAAUGCCUAAGGUUUGGCGAGAGGAGCACGAUUGGAUUCACAUGAAUGAGGAUGGGAAGCUUGAGGGAUAUCCCGAGUCUAUUGCCAAUAGAGAUAUGGCGAACCUGAGAAAUCUAGACGGAAAGAACGACAUUUGGGCGGUGAAAGAGUUCUUCGAAAGGGAGUAUGUCGAUAAGGCGAAGCCUGUGCAUGCUGCAUUUGAGACUACCGAAAGUUUGCUGGAAGGAACGGCGGAACUGGAUGUGAACUCAAUGACUUUGCUGAAUCGGCUGAAUAUGCUAAAUUGGGUGAAAGUUGAUGCUGAGAAAGAAACGAAGGAUGUUCUGAACAAUUACAAUAAAUUAAUUGGGAAUUUACGGUAUUCCAUUCAAGAUUUGCUAGCCAAGAAGGAAAGUUACGAAAGGCGUUCAGCAGAACUGAAAGCAGUUUUUCACGAAUGGAUAAAUGAUCCUCUGCGAGAAUCUAUCGGAAGCGAAAGAAAUAGGAAUGUCGAAACUCUACUGUACGUCCUUUACAAGAACCUGCUGCCGUUGGACCAACGACAAAAUGCUCUGCGUUUUUCAGGACCGGAGAGUUUCAGUUACGUUUUCAACCAGAUCAUGCAGCUUUUGUCGGAAUUUGAUAAAAUUCCUCCGGAAUUAAUCAAAUCCUCGGAGAAACGGGUCCGGUUUGUGCACAUGCGGAAGAUAAAGGCAGCCCAGCGGGCAGCAGAGGAAGACCAUCGCCAUAAGUUGCUGGCGAUUCAGCUGAAACGAAGUUUGGCACCUCCAUACGUGAAACCUCCUCGCAAGGGUAAGCUACCCCGGUCAAGACUCAAGAUGAAACCAGAACCAGAAGUGAUAAUUCCUUCGACGGAAACCAAGUUGGAUCGCAUCUUCAAACUUGGCUUUGGAGAGCACGCAAAACUGAGUGAUGUCGAGCGGAAGAACUUGGAGAUAGACAUGGUUUAUGGAAAUUUCUGUUCGGUUAGAUUUGAGCAGUAUCUUCGAUCGAUUGGCUAUGAACCGGAGUAUGACUUCGUCAGCAUGGUGGAACAACGUGACGGACCAGAGACGAGAUUCUUCAAGCGCAAGGAGCUCAUUCCGCUGGUACUUACUCGGUUGAAAAGAUGGGAAAACUAUCAAGAGAAGCUCAAGCAAAAACUUCUACAGAUGGAUGGCUGAAUUUUCUUACAAUGUUGUUUUAAUAAACUUUUAGAGUCACUCACUUAAUUUUCAAACCUCCUAGUCU